AUCACUUCGCUUUGCCUUCGAAGGCUGCUCUGCGCUCAGUGCUUUCGUGGUGAUGCAAGCCUGCGCUCUGCUCCGGCAGCUGGACCGCUCCCAUCGCGCAGCACCUCGCAGGUCCCUUCCCCGAGCAGCGCGGGGCUCGAGCCGCGGGGAGCAGCUCAGGGAUCCGCCGCAGGUCCCUGUUUUGAAGAGCAGGCAGACAGUGGCCAAGGAAGAGGGGGGACUCCGAUGUGACCAGAAGAGCCAACCUCUGAAUUCCAGAAGCCCAGUUCAUGUUUGGGGCUCUUCUGUCUGCUGCAUGGAAUCAGGGAGAAGCCGAAGGAUGGGAACUGCCUGCGUCCCCCUGAAAAGAAUUGCUUAUGUGUUCUGUCUCUUAUCUGCGCUCUUGCUGACGGAGGGGAAGAAACCGGCCAAGUCCAAAUGCCCUGCCGUGUGUACUUGUACCAAAGAUAACGCUUUAUGCGAGAACGCCAGGUCCAUCCCACGCACCGUGCCUCCUGAUGUGCUCUCACUAUCCUUUGUGAGAUCUGGUUUUACCGAAAUCUCAGAAGGGAGUUUUUUAUUCACACCAUCGCUGCAGCUCUUGUUAUUCACAUCGAACUCCUUUGAUGUGAUCAGUGAUGAUGCUUUUAUUGGUCUUCCACACCUAGAGUAUUUAUUCAUAGAAAACAACAAUAUCAAGUCCAUCUCAAGACAUACUUUCCGGGGACUAAAGUCUUUACUUCACCUGAGCCUGGCAAACAACAAUCUCCAGACACUCCCAAAAGAUCUUUUCAAAGGCCUGGAUUCCUUAACAAAUGUGGACCUGCGGGGAAAUGCAUUUAACUGUGACUGUAAACUGAAGUGGCUGGUGGAAUGGCUAGACCACACCAACGCGACAGUGGAAGACAUCUACUGUGAAGACCCCCCAGAGUACAAGAAGCGCAAAAUCAACAGUCUCUCCGCCAAGGAUUUUGACUGCAUCAUUACAGAAUUUGCGAAGUCUCAAGAGCUGCCUUAUCAGUCACUGUCCAUAGAUACGUUUUCUUAUUUGAACGAUGAGUAUGUAGUCAUUGCUCAGCCUUUUACGGGAAAAUGCAUUUUCCUUGAAUGGGACCAUGUAGAAAAGACCUUCCGGAAUUAUGACAACAUCACAGGCACGUCCACUGUGGUGUGCAAGCCAAUAGUCAUUGACGCCCAGCUCUAUGUCAUUGUGGCCCAGCUGUUUGGUGGCUCUCACAUCUACAAACGAGACCGUUUUGCAAAUAAAUUCAUAAAAAUUCAGGAUAUUGAGAUUCUCAAAAUCCGAAAGCCCAAUGACAUCGAAACAUUCAAGAUUGAGAACAACUGGUACUUUGUCGUUGCGGACAGCUCAAAAGCGGGGUUCACCACCAUCUACAAAUGGAACGGAAACGGCUUCUACUCCCAUCAGUCCCUACAUGCCUGGUACCGGGACACCGACGUGGAAUACCUAGAGAUCGCCAGGACGCCUCACACACUCACAACGCCUCACAUAAUCCUCUCCAGUAGCUCCCAGCGUCCCGUCAUUUAUCAGUGGGACAAAGCGACGCGAUUGUUCACCAACCAGACGGACAUUCCCAACAUGGAGGAUGUGUACGCGGUAAAGCACUUCUCGGUGAAAGGUGACGUGUACAUUUGCUUGACGAGAUUCAUAGGCGAUUCCAAAGUCAUGAAGUGGGGAGGAGCCUCCUUUCACGAUAUUCAGAGGAUGCCGUCGCGAGGGUCCAUGGUGUUCCAACCACUUCAGAUAAACAAUUAUCAGUACGCAAUCCUCGGCAGCGAUUACUCCUUGACUCAAGUGUAUAACUGGGACGCAGAGAAAGCCAAAUUUGUGAAAUUCCAGGAACUGAAUGUUCAGGCACCGAGGUCCUUCACGCAUGUGUCAAUUAAUAAGCGUCACUUCCUUUUUGCUUCCAGUUUUAAGGGGAAUACACAGAUUUACAAGCAUGUCAUCGUUGACUUGAGCGCGUGACGCGGCUGCCGUCAGAAACGUCCCACCGGCACGUACGUGACCCGGAUGAACUCAAUGCAUGAUGACUCUUCUUAGCACACUUGCAAAUGAAUGCCUUUCAAACGCUCAGACUGCUAGACCCAAGCACUACCAGUAUCUCCAUCCUUAACUGUCUCAUCCAGUGGUGUGGGAAGUUACUUUUAUAUGACAAAAUUGAAUUGUGUAACUGUUCUUUGCAGUAAAGAUGUGUAAAUAAGCGUUUCUUGGUAUCGGUUACUCUGAAAGAAAUAUUAAUAUGUACUUUUCCAUUUAUUUAUUCACGUGUUCAGAAACAACUGCCAAAUAAAAUGUUUACAUUUUC